AUGGCGCAUCCAGUACAGCUGUCGACGUCGCGCGACACGCCGAACCCUCUACGACCAUACUACCGCCCUCCCUCGAUAGGCCUUCCGUCGGCAGACGCAAACGCGACGAGCUCGUCGGCCGGACCAAGCAGCAGCCUGGGCAGCUCGGCUCGCCAUGUCUUUGACGACCUCGACUACUCCUCCUUCCUGAACGAUGGCGACUCGGCCUCGGUCGCCGACAUGGGUCGCAAGGUCCUCGACCAGGCCUUGUGGAAAUACACGUCCGUCCUCCUGGCACAACCUUUCGACGUCGCAAAGACGAUUCUACAAGUCCGCCUGGCCACACAGCUCGACGCCGAAUCUACCUUGAGACGAAGAACCUCUGCCCGUUUUGCUGUCGACCAGUACCCUCCCAGUGACGACGAGUCGGACCCGGAUGAGCCCAGCUACUUCACACCCACCAAACCUGCGAAAGCAGCCGAAUCUGACAGAUCUCGUUCUCGUCGUCCUCGUACCCCUCCCUCACGUUCGUCCAGAGAACAGUCGCCUGCUCCACAUGUCCUGCAGCUACGAAGGCCAGACUCGGUCAUGGAGGCUUUGUCACAGCUAUGGCAGCAAGCUGGUGCUGCUGCCAUGUGGAAAGCUACAAAUGCCACCUUCAUCUACAAUGUCCUGUUAAAAGCUGUCGAGGGCUGGACACGGAAUCUGCUGUCCGCUCUGUUCGAUCUGCCAGACCCUUCAUCUCUGGCUUCUGUACCUGCAGAAGUCGUUGCUGGUGCAAUGGGUGGUCUUGAUCUUGCAGACNAGUCCUCACCCCUGGCCUCGUUGGGUAUCGCAGUCGCUGCUUCUGCCAUCGCUGGCCUCCUGUUGGCUCCUCUCGAUCUUGUCCGCACGAGUCUCACAAUUCCCACCUCGCUCUUCCCAAUCACCCUCCUCCACUCCACACUUCCCACCCUUUUGAGCACCAGCACUCCACUCGUCCUCCGUCAAUACUUCCGCGUCGACCCUCUCUCGACACCGGCCACCUACUCCCUCGCCACAUUCCUCACCUCAACCACUGAGCUCUUCAUCAAACUACCUCUUGAAACCGUCCUCCGCCGUGCUCAAAUUUCACAUCUCAAAUCUUCCCACAAGCACGCAUACAACAAGGCCGCUUUGAACUCCUUCCGUGGAAGCAAGUCUGUCGGUGGUCCAGAGAUGGACACCAUCGUUCCCGUCGGUCCCUACAAGGGCGUCUUCGGUACUGCCUGGAGCAUCAUGGCUGAAGAAGGCAUUCGCGAGCAACCUCCACAAAGCCGUAUGAGCACUCCUGCAAGACCUGGCCUUGUCGCACAAAAGAGAGAGAAGAAGGGACAGGGAAUCGGUGGUUUGUGGAGAGGAUGGAGAGUUGGCAUGUGGGGCUUGGUUGGUGUCUGGGGUGCUUCUGCCCUUGGAGGUGGUGGCAGAACUGGUGGAGAAUUCUAG